AUGGAGAGUUAUAUGAGUCGAAGACUCUACAAGGCAGCGGCAACAGGAGAUGUUCAUUAUCUAUCCUCAAAUGAAAUCUCUGAGGAGUUAAACCUAUCCUCAGAUACAGAAUCCGAGGAGAGGAAAGAGAGGCUUAGACACCAUCUCCUCUGUUUGACACACGAGAAAAACAAUUGCCUGCACAUAGCAGCGAGGUUUGGAUACAAAGCGUUUGUGGAGAGAGUUCUUACUCUUUGCCCUUCCCUUGUAUAUCACCAAAACAAGAGAGGAGACAACCCACUUCAUGUUGCUGCCAGGGCUGGUCACCUUCGCAUCGUCGAACUCCUUACCGAUUCCUUUAAGAAGCUUCAGUCUCCUCAAAGUACUGAAAAUAAUAGAGCAGUAACCGGAGAGGGGAACAAUGAGAACAACACAGAACCUCCUCGCACUUCUCAGAGUCAAAGUAGCUCUAGAAAUAGUGCAACUACAGGAGAUGAUAUAACUUUAGGGAGGUCUCUGAGAGAAGCUGAGGAAGGGGAAAGGCCUUCAUGUCCAGACUGGGGGACUCAAAAUCAACAGAUGAUGAAUAGCAUGACGAGUCUCAUCGAUUCGAUUGAUCAAACUCAUCCUCCAAGUUCUCAAAUUGAAAGUAGUAGUAGUACAGGAAAAAAGCCUUCACUGCCAAUAUGGAGAACUGAAAACAAUUAUGGCAACACCGCUCUCCAUGAAGCGUUACUGAGCAAACACAAAAAGGUGGCAUUCCAUUUACUGGAUCUGAACAGUGAACUGGUCAUCCUUGUUGUCAAUACGAAAGGUGAGAGUCCGUUGUACCUGGCUGCUGAAGCUGGCUUUGUCACCGUUGUAGAUAAGAUCCUUGGUGCAGGCGGGAGGAACAACGUUGUUGGACCGAUGGGUCAGACUGCCUUACAUGCCGCAAUUUCCACAGGAUGCAUAAAAUCUCUGCACAAUUCGAUUCCGGAACUCAUCAGAAAACGAGAUUCAUAUGGAAAAACAGCUCUUUAUUAUGCAGCGCAGUCAAAUUAUAUCAAGAUAAUGCGUCAGCUACUGAAGUUGGAUGCUUCUUCUGCAUACAUACAUGACAAUGAAGGGCUCUCACCUCUGUUAGCUGCUGCCAGCAUGGGUCGUUCUGCAACUGUUCGAGCUAUACUAGAUGCGUGCCCAGCUUCAAUUGAGUCUUCAGAUGACUCUGGCCACAAUGCGCUUCACCAAGCUGUGAAAUAUAACACUCUAAUUACGUUUAAACAAUUUUUGAAAAUGCCAGAAAUGAUGUCCCUUAUUAACGAACCUAACCACGAAGGGAACACGCCGCUGCAUCUAGCAACCAUGUACCGUAGAGAUGAGAUGGUAAGUGCGUUGUUCUCUACAAAACGUGUGGACUUGACAGCCAAGAACAAUCUCGGGCAAACAGCUUUAGAUUUGUGCGUUUUGGACACCAGACCUGUCCCUUUAAAUUUACAGAGAAUCACCACGUGGGCGUUGAGAAAAAAUGGGGCACCUCGGGGUAGAGUUCGCCCCUUAAUGCGCCUUCCUAUUUGGGAUCCAAACAGCGUCAGCACAACCGCGAAAUACACGAACAUGACACAAGCGGCCAACACGAUGUCGGUGGACGCAGCAACGGCAACGGCGCAUGACACGGACAUGACGCAAUUGGCAAACACGAUGUCUGUGGUGGCAGCACUCCUUGUUACAAUAACUUUUGCAGCAGCUUUUACAAUACCUGGCGGUUUGAAGGUCGAUGGAUCUGGUUCUCCAUCACUCAUACACAAGCCAGCCCUAAUAAUCUUCUGCAUUUCAAACACAAUUGCCAUGUGUUUCUCAAUGGCGGCGCUGCUUCUACUCCUCCAUGCCACGUUCAGCUUCAGUCACAGCGUUUCCUCAAGAUCAACGAUCUAUCAAAGUACGCUUCUAAUUUUCGGCGCAGCCUGCUCAGCAAUGAUUGCUUUUAUUUCAGGUUUUUACGCGGUGAUAUCAAUUGAGUGUACGUGGUUGGGAAUUGUUGUUUGCAUCAUAGGCUCUAGUUUACCCAUUCUUGUGAAGUGGACGCAACAAGCGGGUUUGAUCGUUACUACAACUCUACGCGUUCCGGUUGUUGAGGCAAAUAAAAUGGGAUCUGACUCACCUCCAACCGUGGGAGGAGCUGGAAAUGAUCCAAACAACCAUGUUUUUGUUGGACUGGAUCCUUCAAUUCCUACUAUGGCUGGAGGAGAGCCCAAUACAAUAAAAUGA